GCCCUCCUUGAAGCUCCUUCGCGUCGCGUCAUAAAAAGAGGCCGCAGGAAUGGGCGGCGGCCCCUCACUCAACGGCGUUCCCACGUUCAAGCAAACACCCGCAAAUCCUCUCAACUCAUAUCCUUUCACAAGAAACAGGACCGCUCCCUGUUCGUCGUCGCAGAAUGUGGCACACCAAGCUCGGCAAGGCCCACGAGUGGUCAGGCCCUCUCAAGCAACAAAACGGCCAUUUCCGCGACCAACACGGCCGCGUCCUUCAAUUGCGCGGGGUCAAUGCAUCAGGAAACUCCAAGCUGCCCACCAGCCCGCCAGGUUCCACUCACCUCAGCGAAGGCUUCUUCGAGCACAGGAACGUAUCCUUUAUCGGACGCCCGUUCCCUCUCGACGAGGCGGACCAGCACUUUUCACGACUGCGAUCUUGGGGCCUAACGUUUGUCCGGCUGUGUGUGACGUGGGAAGCGUUGGAGCAUAGCGGGCCGGGCGCGUACGAUGAGGAGUUUAUAGAUUACUUGAUUGAGUUGCUGGCUGUUGCGGAGAAGUAUGGCAUUCAUUGCUUUAUUGAUCCGCACCAGGAUACGUGGAGCAGGUUUUCGGGAGGGAGUGGAGCACCUGGGUGGACAUUUGAAGUCGUUGGAAUGGAUGUGACCAAGUUCAUGGACACGAAUGCAGCGUAUGUGCACCAAUGUGCCCAGCCAGAGGAUUCUGGACACUCUGCAUGGCCGACGAACUAUCAGAAACUGGCGUCAGCAACCAUGUUUACGAUAUUCUUCGGUGGGAAGAUCUUCGCUCCCAAAGCGAUUUACAAAGGCGAGCAUCCGCAAGACUACCUUCAACGGCAUUUCAUCGCGAGUUUCCAGCAUCUAGCAAAGCGGCUCCGGAACGUGCCGUGCGUCAUCGGUUUUGAAGUCAUUAACGAGCCCCACCCCGGCUUUAUUGGGCUGGAAAGCGUACACGCAUUCGAUCCGCUCAAGGACCUGCAUAUCGGACCAGUGCCGUCCGCAUUCCAGUCCAUGGCGCUCGCAUCGGGCAUCCCUCAGGAAGUGGAUUUCUGGGUGCGGAGCUGGCCGUGGCCCACCAGGCGGGCAGGAAAGCGGCUCUUGAACCAGGGGAAGGCGUCUGCGUGGUUGCCUGGGCGGGAAUGUGUAUGGAAGCAGCAUGGCGUAUGGGACAUUGGACCUGACGGUGUACCGCGGUGUCUCAACGCAAACUACUUCGCGCGCGUGCCGAGCACAGGCGAACGGGUCAAUUUCGACCAGGACUGCUACGUCCCCUUCAUCAAGAGAUACACGGACGCCAUCGUGGCCGCCAACCCAUCCCUCUUCGUCUUCUUCGAGCCCGUCCCCAACGAAGCCGCUUUCCCCAUAUCGAAAGAGAACGACAGCCCACAAUUGGUGUACGCGCCGCACUGGUACGAUCUCAAAGUCCUCUUCAACAAAGCCUUCAACAGCCUGGUCACCCACGACGUGCGGAAACUGCAGCAGGGGGCAUUGAACCUCUUCACAGCAACCUACGUCGGUGUGACCGGCACCAACAAGAACUACAUGGGCCAGAUCAAGUCCAUCACAGACGCAGGGCGGAAACUGUACCCCGAGAAGGCGAUCGUGUUUGGGGAAUGCGGACUGGCGAUGGAUAUCAACUCGAAACACGCGUUCGAUACGGGGGAUUACACCCAGCAUACCAUCUUCCUGAACGCGAUGUUGAGCGCUAUGGAGGGGAGUUUGGUCAAUUUUACAUUGUGGAAUUACAACCCGCACAAUGAUAAUGUGUACGGGGACCAUUGGAAUGGGGAAGACUUUUCCAUCUUCUCGCGUAUCCCCGCCGUGACCGCGAAAGCGUCAUCCACAGGCGGGGCUGCCUCAUCCGCGAUGAGCGCCGAAGAACCAGAACUGAUAACCCACGCCGCACCAUUCGACAUCACCGAACGGCACUACGAAGAAGGCCAUCGACUCCACGAACACCACGUUGGCGGACGCGCGCUGGACGCCGUCGUCAGACCGUACGCGGCCAAGAUCGCGGGGGAACCGGUCUUCAUGCGGUUUGAUAUCAACACGUUGGAAUUCGUGCUUGAAUUCACCACCCCUCGGCUGAGUUCCAGCGUGAAUCAGACCGCGACGGCAGAUACAGUGGACAUCACCCGCAUCACUGAAAUCUUCGUCCCGGGCUUCCACUACACACACCCAAGCGCCACGGUCCACGUCGAAGUCUCCGACGGCGAAUGGAUGUACGACGCAACGAGGCAGACGUUGUACUACAAACUAGAUCCAGCGUACCAGGGUGCUGUCGAAGGCGCUGGAAAGCCGGGAAACAGCGGAUUUUGGAACUCGAUUUGGGCCCCGUCGACGGAGGCGUCGGUCGGGGAGGAUAGGGUGCUGCAUAGGAUUGUUGUAAGGCCGGUUGAGAAGGAUGAGGCGAAGGCGAGCUGGUGGACUGCGUGGUGGACUUAGUGGACUUGAAGGGGAUGUGGGGCGGCAGUAUGGAUCUUAGUCGCGUAGGCGUCAUUUAGACAUGUAGAUGCAUUCUUAUCACACGUAUAUAACAUUUCAUACCCCUGCGAUGUCUCCUCAUAGAAAUACGGCGGAUAUCGAUAUCCAUCAUGGUUUAUCGGUCAGCGGCUGAUGCGAACGACGAUGGAGCUUGGUAUCACCAGUGGGGAAAA